AUGAAUAAUCUAACUCAACUUGAGACCUAUUAUAAAUCCUAUUUUGACUAAUAAAAUGGGAUUGACUUUGUAAGCACAGAUGACGAUGAAGAAUAAUUCUAAAUAGAUGUUUAACCAAAAAAGAAGUAUUUUGAGACUAUCGAAGAAAAGAAACUAUAUAUUGAAGAAUACACAAAAAAGAAGAAGACCGAGUUGUGUAAGAACUUUUAAUUGACUGGACAAUGCAAAUUUGGAAACGAAUGCUCAUUUGCCCAUGGCUAUUCCGAGUUGUAGGCUAAAACUCAUUUACAUCAGAAAUACAAAACAAAGCCAUGCAAUAGAUAUUUUACUCAAGGGUUCUGUCCUUAUGGUAUAAGAUGCCAGUAUUUGCAUGAUGAAAUAAAAGACUAAUCAAGAUUCGAGAAAUUCUUAUAAGAAUCCUACUUAAACUAAGGUAUGAAGCCUUCGAUAGCUAGAAAGUACCUGAAUAACUCUGAAAGAUUAGACGUUUAAAGAUUUUAGCAAGUUCUAUAAAAAUUCAUCAACAAGGGAUUUAAUGUUGAAUUGUACAACAGACCAAAAUUCUUUAUAUAAUUAGAAAAUAAAAAACAAAAUUGAUUUCUCAAUUCUGAACUUUUAUAUAUGUAUAUAUUAUUCAAUUAAAAAUCUGAUAUCAUAUUA